AGCAGGACAAAUUUCGUUGUGAAUGACCCAAACACGCUCAACUUGUGGCUGGCAAUCGGGGCGGGGCGAGGCGGGAAAGCGGAAAUGCAGGGCGCGAACCCUGCUGGAACUUCUCCCACCCCCACCCAGGCCACGUGUGCGCGCGCCGUCUCGAGUGGGCGGGGCCAGCCCGCCCUGGACCCCGCCCCUCCCUUCAGGAGACGCCGCGGCCCUGCGGGCGGGGGCUCCGGUCCGGGCUUUGGCUGCGGCCCCGGUGUAGUAGCGGGGGCGGCGGCCGGGGGCAGCGCGGCUCCUUCCCUUGUUGUGUGUGUCGGUGCCUCCUCGCCAUCUUGUUGCAAAGCCUUUUCUUGUCGGCGGGACUCCUGGGGGCAGCGGGGCGGGAGGCAUCAGAAGGGAGGAAGAGAGGGAGGGGAAGGAGGCAGGCAGUGCCGCCUUUUUUUUUUUCUUGCAUCAAUUUUUUUAAAUUUGCAAAUUACAUUUUGCAAACAUUUGGGGAGACCUUGAUUUUUCUCCCCGUGCUCCCCCGUUCUUCCCUGUGGAGUGCGCUGUGCCGCCCAGUCCUGUUGCCCCUCGGAGGUGAUCCCUCCCUCCUGCCUGCCCGCCAGCCUGACCUGUGCCCGGUUUGCGGGCCGCAGUCUCGGCCCCGGCGCGCCCCCGGCAGCUUUCGGCGCGAUGAGCAUAGAGACGUUACUGGAGGCGGCCCGCUUCCUGGAAUGGCAAGCACAGCAACAACAGAGAGCACGUGAGGAACAGGAGCGGCUUCGCCUGGAGCGGGAGCGGGAGCGGGAGCAGCAGCAGGCCAGCAGCCUGGCCAGGCUGGCCCACGCCCUGCCGGUGGAGGAACCCCGCAUCGAGGCACCGCCCCUGCCUCUGUCGCCGCCCGCGCCCCCGCCGGCACCCCCGCCCCCGCUGGCCACCCCCACCCCACUGACUGUCAUCCCUAUUCCUGUAGUGACCAGCUCCCCUCAGCCUCUGCCCCCGCCCCCACCUCUGCCCCUGGCACCUCGCCAGCCGGCUCUGGUUAGCGCCCCUGGACUCAGCAUUAAGGAGUCGGCCCCCCUUCCCACCAGGCCGCAGGGGCCCACUCCUUCUCCUCUACUGCCGGACUCCAAGGCCACCGUUCCACCCACUGGCAGCCCCAAGCCUUUGCAGCCCCUCCCCACACCCAUCCUGACCAUCGCCCCACACCCUGGAGUCCAGCCCCAGCUGGCCCCCCAGCAGCCACCCCCAUCCACUCUUGGGACCCUGAAGCUGGCACCCGCUGAAGAAGUCAAAUCCAGCGAACAGAAGAAGAGGCCUGGGGGAAUCGGAACCAGAGAAGUCCACAACAAGCUGGAGAAGAACAGGAGGGCCCAUCUGAAGGAGUGCUUUGAGACCCUGAAGCGCAACAUCCCCAACGUGGAUGACAAGAAGACAUCGAAUCUGAGCGUGUUGCGCACGGCGCUGCGGUACAUUCAGUCCCUGAAGAGGAAGGAGAAAGAAUAUGAACAUGAGAUGGAGCGUCUGGCGCGGGAAAAGAUUGCCACGCAGCAGCGGCUGGCGGAGCUCAAGCAUGAGCUGAGCCAGUGGAUGGACGUGCUGGAGAUUGACCGCGUGCUCCGGCAGACGGGCCAGCCUGACGAUGACCAGGCCUCCACCUCCACUGCUUCCGAGGGCGAGGACAACAUAGACGAGGAUAUGGAGGAGGACCAGGCCGGCCUGGGCCCACCUAAGCUGAGCCAUCGCCCCCGCCCGGAGCUGCCGAAGCCACCACCCAGCACUGCGCCCACGCCUCUGCCUCCCCACCCCCAGCCUGUGGCCCUGUCUCCUGCCCACCUCCCCGGGCAACAGCCGCCGCCGCCACAGCAGAAGACACCUCUGCCAGCCCCUCCCCCGCCCCCAGCUGCCCCGGCCCAAACGCUGGUGCCCGCUCCAGCCCAUCUGGUGGCUGCGGCUGGGGGAGGCUCCACGGUCAUUGCCCACACCGCCACCACCCACGCCUCAGUCAUCCAGACUGUGAACCAUGUCCUGCAGGGGCCGGGUGGCAAGCACAUCGCCCACAUCGCCCCCUCGGCCCCCAGCCCUGCUGUGCAGCUGGCGCCCGCCACACCCCCCAUUGGCCACAUCACGGUGCACCCUGCCGCCCUCAACCACGUGGCCCACCUUGGCUCCCAGCUGCCCCUGUACCCGCAGCCUGUGGCGGUGAGCCAGCCCGUGGCGGUGAGCCACAUCGCCCACACCCUCUCACACCAGCAAGUGAAUGGCACGGCCGGGCUGGGGCCCCCGGCCACAGUCAUGGCGAAGCCAGCCGUAGGGGCUCAGGUGGUGCACCACCCCCAGCUGGUGGGCCAGACAGUGCUCAACCCUGUGACCAUGGUCACCAUGCCCUCCUUCCCGGUCAGCACGCUCAAGCUGGCUUGAGGAUGAGGCCACUCAGAGGCCCCCUGUGGGGGCAGGGAGGGAGACCUGUCCCCCACUCUCCCACCCACCAGCUCCACACAUUCCAGCCAGGCCCAGGCCCGCCCCACCCAUACCCACCCCCAGGCCUCCUAGGGGAAGGGGGUGCAGAGACUCUGAGCCAGGGGAGGGAGGGGCCUCCCCAGGGAGCUGGGCACAGGGCAGGGGGUCACCCCACUGCACUAGGACUUGACAAAGUGAUGAGAGACGCUCUGGCAAACGUGCCGCCUGUCCGGCCUGGUGCCAGCUCCAGAGCCCUUCCCGCCCCCCAUCCCCGGAAACCAGUGCGAUGUGGACAUCGUGUUCUCCCGCUUCCCCCUGCCCUGCCCACCUUCCUGUGCUGCUGCUGCUGCUAUUGCUCUGUCUGGUGAGAUGGCUGAGCGCCCGGGCCCUCCCCUCCCAAGCUUCAGCUUUCUCUUCCCUGGGUUCUGGAGGGGAAAGGGGGGAAGCAGAACUGAAGCACCUUGGCCCGGAAAGCUGGGGACUGAGUGGGGGCCCUGCUCUGAGUACAGGUGACAGAUCCUAGGAUGUGGCUUGUGUGGAGUCCCCCAGACUCCAGACAGGUGGGUGCCCCAGCCUGGAGCUCUCCAACCUGGUUGCAGUCGUUGAGACUCAUCACAACAAACUAGUAAAGACAGUUCUCUACUAAUAGUAAACCAAACCCAAGCCCUUGCCAAGCUUCCCAGGCCCCUCAACCCUCGCCCCUGGGCUCCCGUCUUAAGGAAGGCAGGCUGAGGGCGGGGGCGGGGAAUGAGGAGCUUGGCUGUCUCCUCCUGCCCCCCCUUGACCUCCAGCCAGGUCUGGACUGAGAGGAGGGUGCUCUGGACCCUGUCCCCAUCCCUGGACUUGACUCUUGGCUUCCAGAAAGUAGAGAGGAGGUCUGGCCUCUGUUCGGUACUGUGCACUCCCCGGAGGGAUGAGUACACCUGGACGCCUCCUUGCUGCCUGGGAGAUGGACCAGCGUCUGGUCUGGGUUCCAGGAGCCUGAAGCCACGCUGUUGAGGUAACCAGGAAGUUAAAAUCCAGGGGCUUGGCCCUGGGGACCUGUGGGAGGGAGCAUGGCCAGACCCGGGAGGACUGUUGUUUCUGACCCAGCUUCUCCAUCGCUGGCACCAUCUUUCUUUGCUCUGAACGUCCCCCUUUCUCCAGCAGGCUGUUCUGAGCCUGCCCUCCCCAGUGGGGGCUGCUGUGUGCCACCACCUUCCUGCGAGGAAAGGUCCUCAGCUGGGCCAAGGGCGGGGCUGAGCUUGCGGUGGGGAGGAGCAAGGGGGCCUGUGUGUAGGGGAUGGUUUUCCCUGCCUUCGCCUCAGCAGACUGCUUUGGCUUCUCUUUUUACGUGCAUAUUAUUACAAGUGGCCUUGUGUCAGACACACUCAGUUACACAUGUGCACACUUGGCUCCCCACCUGGACACACUCACCAAUGGCCUUUCAGAGUGUCUGUGGAGGGGGAAGCCAGUGUUCCUGGGUGUGAGGUUUGAAUUGACAGCCUGGGGAGGGGGACGCUGAGGAGGCCAGCAAAAGUCUUGAACAGAUUGAGCCACCUGAGAACUCCCUUUCAGUUCCUUUUGGUCCUGGAGACCUACCUGGGGACCGUUUCCUUGUCUCCUGGGGUGGGGAAAGGGAAGGCCUUCUGGACACCUCAGAGGUUUCUAGGAGGGCACCCUGUACCCCCCCCAAAUUGCGGCUCCCCCCUCACACUUGCCGCCUUUCUGCACCUGCAGCCACUGCCACUACCACCCUGUUUGGGGCGGAGCUGGUUUCACUCUUCCUGGUGUGAUUAUGUUAGAAAGAGCAGAGGGAGAAGGGCAGGCCUGGCCCCCAGGAACAGUCAGAGAAGUACUGGCGAGCCGUCCUCCUCUCAGCUCUGCUCACCUUGAAACUGUCCUGUUAGCCAGUUGCCCCUCGGGCCUGCACAGAUACCUCAUCCGCCCGCGCCCCUGCCCCUCCCCGCCCUCACUGCAGCAGUGCGGGCCUCGGAAUCUAGUGCCGAAUGACUAUGUCCAGAUUGGUGACGAUGGGUGUUGUUGCUGUUGUUUUUGUUGUUUUCGUGAACGCUGUGACGCUGUGUGCCCAAGAGGGCAGCCUCCACCCAGCCCUUCCUUGGGCAUCUCCCCUGAGAGCUGUCAGGACCACAUCUGUCCUCGCCCCGUGGGACCGCCUGCCCCUCCCCUCCCUAGCCCUUCCAGCCUGGGGGAUGCGUGCGCACGUGCGCACGCACACAAACACACACACACACAUCUUACCUCUCAUGCGUGUUUUACUUUUUGAUGUUCAGAGUGGCUCACUGGCUGGGAGUCUUUACCUCGGGGAGAUGGGGAGGUUGGUUCCUUGGGGGGCCAAAGAAGGGCAGGGAAUUCCUGGAAGGGAAUUAGGGGUCCCCAUAACCCCUGCCCUUUCCAGGAACAGCUUCUUCUUCCCCCAUCCCAGAGUCCCACCCCCAUGCCCCAAAGAGGUGGCCCUUGUUUACAGUGAGGACUUGGUCACUGUGUCUCUGUUUCCUAAAAUAUAAAUCGUAGCGACCCCAGACUGUAGAGAUUUUUAUGUGUUUGGAUACAUCUGCUGUGUGGGAAAAAACAAACAAAAAAACUACAAAAACCCUAAUUUUGUACAUAUUGUAUUUUUACUAUUGAACUGUAUUCUAGUGGCUGUUCAUGCUCCAAGACAUUAGGUAUUGAGACAUGAAUACUAUCCAUGUAAUAAGCACUUGCCUGGAAUAAAAUAUAAAAUUGAAAUAAACCUGCACUGAAACCCGAGACGGAGCUGCCACCU